AUGACCAACAACGUUGAGUCAUGGACCCUGUUAUCUUUGGCUCUGGCAGUGAUUAUUGUGCGAAUUGCAGUACGAUGUAAACUCGUGGGGCUAAGCAACUUCCAAUUGGAUGACUACCUCAUGCCACUAGCUGGUCUUGUCUUUGUUGCAGAAACAGUAGCGGCAUAUCUUGUCGUUGCCGAUUACGGAGGACUGACAAAUAGCUACAUGACGGAUGAAGAGCGAGCUACGCUUGACCCAAAAUCCACUGAGUGGGCCAAUCGAGUUGCUGGAUCUAAAAUUCAAGUUGCAGGAUGGUCUCUAUAUGUGACUAUUCUCUGGCUGGUAAAAUUCAGUUUAACUGUUUUCUACUCACGAUUGACAACCGGUCUUCAAGGUCUUGCAACUCGAGUUCGCAUAGCCUAUAUCAUUCUUGGAGUGACUUAUGCUGCAACAGAGCUAUCUCUUCUACUAUCAUGCCAGCCCUUUCAUGCAUUCUGGCAAAUCAACCCCAAUCCUGGAAUCGUUUGCCAAGCGACUCACUCUCCAGUAUACGUUCUGGUAGUGGUGAUCCUUAAUAUCCUUACUGAUGUUUAUCUUCUAUCUAUUCCGCUACCUCUCCUCUGGAAAGUGAACAUCAGCUUGAAGCGGAAAAUCCCACUGAUGGCUCUCUUCUCGGGCGCCGCAUUCGUGAUCGCAGCUGGUAUCAUCCGAGCUGUUACUAUCGGCACUGCUGGUAUGGACGGCGCCGCUGCCGGCUCAAAAUGGGCCUGUCGUGAGACAUUUGUCUCAAUAGUCGUAUCAAAUCUACCCAUCAUUCAACCUCUUAUCCGUAAAGCAUUCAAGAAGAUCGGAUUAUCACAGCUCUUCAGCUCCUCAGGAAAGCAAUCAGGACAAACAUACCCGCUUUCCAGCAGAGGCUUAACCAAUAUGACCAAUCGCGGCGACCGCGAUGCAAAGAAAAGCAAAGCAAGCUCUGCAGCACCGCACACUAUGCAAGUGUCUGCAUGGGGAAGUGAUGAGCAUAUUCUUGCUGAGCCCGACUCUUCAUCAAAGGAUAUCACCGUUGUUUCGGAGACCUUUGUUCGGAGUGAGGUAUGGGCUGGUGAGCCGGAGCCUGCUGUCCCUUCGACGACUUCGACGACACCCCCGAAAGAGUGGUCUAGUCGAUUCUCAACUCAUUAA